AUGUCAAAUAAUAAUUAUAAUAAAAUACAAAGCCAAUCAUCAGGCAAGCGGAGAUUUUUACAAGAAAUACCCAAAGGUGAAGAAGAUGAAUUAUAUAGUGAGCAUUUUAUUGAGAUAGAUAAAUUAAUAAAACAAGAGCAAGAAAAAGAAGAAAAUGGUGGAUUUUCAUUACCAAAAUGGCCAGCUAGUAGUACUAUAAACAACAAUAGUACUCAAAAUUUAUUUAGUAAUUUUAUGAGUGAUAGUAGUAGUAGCAUAAAUAGUGAUAUUAAUAGUAAUUAUACAAGAGAUAAUAAUGGAAUGUUUAUAGUUAGAACAGAUUUAAAUACAGAUAUACCUUCAUCACAUAAAUCAACCAUCUAUAGUAAACAACAACAAUCACCAAGACAUCAAGAUAUAAAUAGUAAUCAUUAUUCAAUGACUUAUGAUAGUAGUUUACUUAGUGUUAGUGGUAGUAAUGCAAGUAGUAAUUGUAAUACAUCAGCUUCAUCAUCAGUAAAUAGUUGUAAUAAUUCAAUUGGUAAUUUAAGUAAAGUUUUUAAUUUAAAUUCUUCAACAAAGAGUUUAAAUAACAACAACAACAAUAAUAAUAAUAAUAAUAAUAAUAUGGAGACAAUUUCAGGUUUUAAUAAUAUAAUGAAAAUUGAUAAUCUUAUAAAUCAUGAUACAAAUAAUAAUAAUAAUAAUAAUAAUAUGAUAACAUCACCAUCACUAACUACAAAUACAACAACUACUACAACAAUGACAUCAAAUAAUAGUACACCAAUUAGAUCACCAUCACCACCAAAAACUCCACAACAUCAAUCAGUAUUAAUAUCACCAAUGACACCAUAUGAUGUUUAUAAUUCUUAUAAAUUUGAUAAAUUGAAAACAACGCCAACAUCACCAACAUCACCAACUAAAUCAACAAGAUUUAAGGAACCUCUAUUACCAAGAUCAAAUAAUAAUUUUAAUAAUAACAACAACAAGAAUAGUACAAUGAGUUUAUCAGGAAUGAUGAGUGGAACAUUCUCAACAUCACAUUUAUCAAGUUGGGUUUGGGUUAAAAAUAAACAUAGUAUUGUUAUCAUUGGUCCAACUGGUAUUGGUAAAUCAUUUUUAUUAAAUACUUUAUUACAUUCAACUUUUACACCUUCUUUAAAUUCAAUUAGACCAAUAUUAGGUAAUCAUAGAUUAUCUUUAAAACCACAACAUGAUACAACUUCAACUUCAACAACUUCAACAACAAAUACAAUUUCAACCGAUCAUAUUAUGUCAAAUAAUGAAUACUUUUUAUUAGAUAAAUUAAAAACUAAAUUAAUGAAUAUAAGUAAGAGUCAAAUUGAUCAAAAGAUGAUAUUGGAUCAAUCAUUUUAUCAAUCAAUAAAUUGGGAUAAAGAAAGGGAUAAUGAAUUUGAACGUGUUUAUACUACCAGUCAAUAUUUAACUAAAAAGAUACCUCAAGUUAAUGAUAGUCAUGCUUUUAUAUUACCACAAGGUAGAUUGGGUCCAAAUCAACAAUUUAAAUUCACCUAUGGUGCUAUCUGUGAAUUAAAUGUUGAAUUCCUACAAGAGAGUGAAGUUCGUGUCAUACUUUGGGAAUUACAUCAAUAUUCAGAGGAUAAAACCAUACCAAUGAAUCCAAAUAGAUUACAAUCAUUGCAAUGGGUUUACUCAUCGGUUGUUGAUGGUGCAACUUUUGAUUAUUCAAAUCAAAGUAGUUCAAGUAGUACGAGUAGUAUCAAUAGUGGUACCAGUGGUAGCAAUAGAAUGGUUAGAGUGGUGGAAGAUAUUAACUCCUAUUGGGAUAUACCCAUUAAAGAGAAAUUUAAAAAGUUAUUUGGUAAAAGAAUUCAAUUUAAAGGCUUGGGUAAAGAUCACAAUAUCGAUAGAAUUUAUGUUCGUGAAAAGGUUAAAGAGGUUUUAUCAGUUUAUGGUUGUAUUUUAAAUUUAUUACAUAUCAAAUUACCUUCAAGUGUCCUAUUCAAUAAACGUGAAAUCACAAUGAUAUCCGAUGAUUCUAAAAGAGGUAACAUUUCAAAGUUUACAAUCACUCGUAUUUUGGAUGAUGCUGAUCAAAUUUUAUUAUCAAUUGAUUAUCGUGGUUUAUCUGCUGAUCUUGCUGAUUUAUUAUUAGCUUCAAAAUUCACUCAAAAGUUUUCUGCUGAUGAUGGUUCUAUUCAAUUCCUUGAAUUAGGUGAACAUCGUCAAUUUCAAUUACAACAACAACUACAACAAAAACUUCAACAACAACAAGUUUCAUCACCACAACCACAACCACAACAACAACAACAACAGCAACAAGUUCAACAAUGUCAAAGUCAACAAUCACCACAACAAUGCCAAAGCCAACAAUCACCACAACAAUGCCAAAGUCAACAAUCACCACAACAAUGCCAAAGUCAGCAAUCACCUCUACAACAACAACAACAACAACAACAAUCACCACAACAAUUACAAUCACCACAACAACUUCCAGAUAUUCAUUCAUUCGUUAUUAAUCAACUUAGAAAAUUAUUUAAAGAUGCAAGAAAUAUUUCAAAUAUUCAUAGAAUAUUAGAUUCUUUUAAAAUUAUUAAAAUUAAACCUUUAUUAUUUUCAUCAAUUCAUUUAAAUAAAUCAGUACCACCAGAGUAUAAAUUAAAAGGAUAUUCAAGUAUUAGACAAUUGAAAGAGAUAUCAAAUGUACCAGUUUUAAUAAGAUUAAUGCAUGUUUCAAAUAAUUCAACAUGGACAACUCAACAUAAUUUAUUGGAUAAAUUUAAACAAGGUAUUGCAAAGAAACCUUCAAUUUUAAAUCAUUUAGUUGAACAACAACAACAACAAUACCAACAACAAGAUGCAUUAAAUUCAACUGGAUCAAAACCAAUUCCAACUGAUAAAGAAUUAAAUGAUUUACAAGAACAAUUAACAAAUUCAUUUAAAGAUACUUUAAACGUUAAUAAUAAUCAAAAUAAUAAUAAUAAUAAUAAUAAUAAUAAUAAUAAUAAUAAUAAUAAUAAUAAUAAUAAUAAUAAUAAUAAUAAUAAUAAUAAUAAUAAUUAUAAUAAUAAUAAUUAUAAUAAUAAUAAUUAUAAUAAUUAUAAUUAUAAUAAUAAUAAUGUUAUUACUAAAAACAAUAAUAAUGUUAUUAAUAAUAAUAAUAACUAUAAUAAUAAUAUAAAUAAUAAUAAUUGGAGAAAUAAUUACAAUCGUGGUGUUAUUAAUCCACCAAGUGGUAUAGAUAGAAUAACGACAUCAUUUAGAACUAGAUUUGCAGGAUGGAAAAGAAAGUUGUUAGCCAAUGUUAGUUCAGAGGCAUCAGAAUCACUUUUCCAAAAUAAAUCUAAUGAAUGUGAACAAAUGGCAAGAAUGGAAUGGAUUAAAUUUAAAAUGGUAUCACCUGAUGCAGUGGUGAAUAUUAAUGAUUUUUGUAAUCUUGUCUAUAGUACAUUUGGUGGUACAAAUGCAAAACCAGAUACCCUAAGCAAUGUCAAUGGUAAUAAUCCAGUGAUUCUAUUAUGUAAAACUUUAUUACAAUGGACACCAAACUUUUGGAGGGAAAAUAUAGUUGAAAGAUUACCAACACUUCAAGAAGAGAUCAGUAGCUUUUCAAAGACUUUACUCUUUGAAACCAAUAAAUUACUUUUAAACAGAAUCACCCUACCAAAUGAUGAAAAGAAUUAUUUAAUGAAAGUGUUGCAUUAUUGUCAAGCUGCCACCGAUCGUAAUAUUAGUUCAAAGAUUAGUGGUGUUCAAACUUUAUUCAAUCAAAAUAUGAAUUUAAUCAUUUAUAAUACUUGUUUGGAUACUUUUUGUUCAGAGGUUACAAAUAUUAAAUUUCAACAAUCAUCAGUAAACUAUCAUCUCAUAAUGGAAAGCUGUUUCUCUAUCAUUCCAUACGCUGUCUCUACUAAAAUUCAACAAAAACUAAUUGAAAUUUUACGUCAAGGUUUAUCUUAUCUAGAUUCAAUUGAAAAACAUAUUGAAUAUACUAUUCAGUAUUUAUUAAAUUCACCUUUCCGUAUAAAACGUCAACAACAAUUAAAACCAUCAAUUGAUGUUUCCGAUUCAGUUAUUGAAAAUUAUGUUAAUUUAGUUAAUCCAAUAACAAAACAAUCACCAUUAAAAUCUCAAUCACAACAAACUACUACAACUACAACUACUACAACAACUACUACAACUACUACUACAACUUCUUCACCAUCUAAUUCACCAAAAUUGUCAACUGAUGAAAUGGAUAUUGAAACUCCAAAUAAAAAAAUUAAAUCUGAUAACUCUGUAAAUAAUAUUAAUAAUACAACCGAAACAACUCCAACUGAAACUUCUCCAAAUAAUAGUAGUAAUGUAAUACCAACUCCAAUGAUUAUUAAUAAUCAAACCACCACAACAACAACAACAACAUCAUCAACAAUAUCAAAUAAUAAUAACACUAACAAUAAUAAUAAUAAUAAUAAACCAAUGUUUGAUAAUGGAUCAUGUAAUUAUAUACCAAAACAAAUUUUACCACCACAAACUGCAGACUCAUUAAUUCAAAUUUGUGUUGGUAAAAUUGUACAAAACAUUCAUUCUUUAACAUCAGUAAAAGGUACAACAAUACCAGAGGAAAUCUUACAAAAGAUUAUUACAUUAUUAAUUAGUCAAGAUAAAAUUAAGGGUGGUAGUAAUGAUCCAAUAACCAAUCAAUUGGAUGAUAGUUUAUUAGCAAGAUUAUUAAGUCCAUUCAUGCAAUCAUUAGAUUUAGAGGGUGCAAAAUUCUUAUCGACAAUAUCAUUGAAAACCAUUGGUUCAACUUGUUCACAAUUAAAGAAACUUUCAUUGGCAAAUUGUAUCAAUAUACCAAGUGAUGCUUUAAAUUCAAUUAGUAUGAGUUGUAAGAAUUUAGAGGUUAUCAUUUUGAAAGGUUGUUAUCAAUUAUCAAAUCCUGGUAUAGUUUCUUUGGCAAGAGGUUGUCCAAACCUUUAUGUUGUGGAUCUUUCUGGUUGUAUGAAAAUCACUGAUUUUGCAAUUCAUGAAUUACUACAAAAUUGUAAACAACUUCAUACAUUGGAUUUAAGAAAAUGUGUAAAUCUAACUGAUGGUGCCUUUCAAUCAUUUAAUAUCACAACAUUGGCCAAUAUCGAUUUAUUAGAGUGUAACUAUAUAUCCGAUCAAACUAUAUUCAAUAUUUGUUCAACUAGUCGUAAUCUAUUAUCAAUAAAACUCUCUGGAAAAGGUAUUACCGAUCAAUCCUUAAAGAAAAUCUCUGAAAAUUGUCAAUCACUUACAAAUUUAGAUUUAGUACUUUGUGAAAAUAUAACUGAUCAAGGUGUUCAACUUUUAGGAAAAAAUUGUUUAAAAUUAUCUUCAAUCAAUUUAUUUUCUUCAAAAAAUUUAACUUCUUCAGUAUUUGAUGAAACAAUUAAUAAUAAUAAUAAUAAUAAUAAUAAUGUAAAUAAUAAUAAUAAUAAUAACAAUAUUGUAAAUAAUAAUAAUAAUAAUAAUAAUAAUUUAAAUAAUAAUAAUAAUAAUAAUAAUAAUAAUAUGAUAAUUAAUAUAUUUAAUCAACAAAGUUGGUCAUCAUUAACUUCAUUAAAUUUAAAUCGUUGUAUUACAAUUAAUGAUACAUCAAUUCUUACAAUUACAAAUCAAUCACCAUUAUUGGAAACACUUAUUUUAGCAAUGUGUACUGAUAUUUCCGAUGAAAGUGUAAUUACAAUUGCUCAACGUUUAAAGAAUUUAAAGAAUAUUGAUUUAACAAAGUGUACUCAAAUUAGUGAUCGUGGUGUAAUUGAAAUUGCAAAACAAUGUAAACAAAAUUUAAAUCGUUUAAUUUUGGUUAGUUGUACUCAAGUAACUGAUGCAUCGAUUAUUGAGGUUGCAAAUCAAUGUUCCUCAUUGAUUCAUUUGGAUUUAUCUCAAUGCGAAAAGAUUACCGAUCAAUCUUUAUUAAAAGUUUCACAAGGACUACGUCAACUUCGUAUUCUUUGUAUGGAAGAAUGUAUCAUUACAGAUGUUGGUGUCUCUUCUUUGGGUGAAAUCUCUGAAGGUUAUGGCUGUCAGUAUUUAGAGGUCAUCAAAUUUGGUUAUUGUCGUUUCAUCUCUGAUUCCUCAUUGAUCAAGUUGGCAUUUGGUUGUCCAUUCGUUUCAAAUUUAGAUUUAUCUCAAUGUAGUAAUUUAAUUACACCACGUGCCAUUAGAAGUGCAAUUAAAGCUUGGCCACGUCUUCACACUUUACGUUUACGUGGUUACCAAAGUUUAACCAAUGAAUCCAUCGUUGAAUCCACCCCAUUGAAAUUGAAAACUGUAAAUCUUAGUUGGUGUGCCAAUAUGGAAGAUAGUGCUUUGAUUGGUUUUCUCAAACAAUGCACCGCUAUUGAAACUUUAGAUAUCUCAAAAUGUCCAAAAAUUACCGAUAAUUCUUUGGAAUCAAUUUUAGAUUCUUGUCCUUCAAUACGUGUUAUCAAUGUUUAUGGUUGUAAAGAAAUUUCAAGUUUUACUGUUCAAAAAUUAUCUUCUUUAGGUAAAGCAAUUUAUAGAUAA